AAUGAUUUUGCGGCGCCCCCAAACAUAAGCGCCACGCUUAAAAUCCGCACAGUUAUCUGUUUUUCUUAUAAAUGAAACGCUAUGUGACACGACAAAACUGAUUUGUAAAAAUGAAUGUAUUAUUUCGCAUACAUUUGAGCAGUUUGUAGUACUUGCUUUAUGUAAUUAUUACAUUUUAACCCGGUGUUGUUCCGCAGGAACAAACAGUAGUGCUGCACAAUGAUCUCUCAGAUAAAUAUUAAAACAGCAUCUGUUGCUUUCUCUCUGAUCAUUAUCACGGUUUUAAAUGUGGGAUUUUGUAACACUGACAUCGAUCCGGGUAAAUGUGUUGUGUGGGGUCCUGGACUGAAUCCUGAUGUUGUGCUGCCUGUCAGAUACUUCUACAUACAGACUGUUGAUUCACACGGAGAAAACAUCACCGUCUCUCCUGCUAAAGACUCUUUCAAAGUAAAGAUAACUUCUUUGGAAAAGGAGUAUCUUCGUAUCCAUGUGCCACUACCACUGGACCGGGCUGAUGGUUCGCUGCUUGUUAGAUACCGUCUGUAUGGAAGCUCUACGAAGGGUUUGAAGAUUGAAGUGUUGUGUGAAGACAAGCCCGUGGCACAGUCACCAUACACUCUUAAAGGUCCUGUUUAUCAUGAAUACUGUGAUUGUUCACAGUCAGAUGUGGCAGCCUGGCAAACGAUUAUGCAGUGCCCAGAGGAAGACCCCCAAAUACAAGCGGACUUCAGUCCGUUCCCUUCUAUCGACCUUCAGCGACUCUCGCAGGAGGUUCCACAACGCUUUGCCAAACGGGGAGGACUCAUUCACUACACCAUCUUAAAUAACCAGGUGCAUCGACGCUCGCUGGGCAAAUACACAGACUUCAAGAUGUUCUCGGAUGAGAUACUGCUCUCACUCGCUCGAAAAGUUAAAUUACCUGAUGUGGAAUUUUAUAUUAAUGUAGGCGACUGGCCAAUGGAGACUAGGAAAGCGAGCGACAAACCCGGACCAGUGCCAAUAAUCUCAUGGUGUGGGUCCACAGACACACGGGACAUCAUCCUUCCCACUUAUGACAUCACACACUCAUCUCUAGAGGCCAUGAGAGGCGUCACAAAUGACCUGCUGUCCGUCCAGGGGAACACAGGUCCUGUGUGGUCUAAUAAAACAAGCAAGGCCUUCUUCAGAGGCCGAGACAGUCGAGAAGAACGCUUACACUUGGUGACCAUGUCUAAAAAACAUCCAGAGCUGCUUGACGCUGGAAUCACGGCGUAUUUUUUCUUUCGAGAACAGGAGGAGGAUCUCGGCAAGGCUCCGCUGGUUGGUUUCUUUGACUUCUUUAAGUACAAAUAUCAGGUGAAUGUAGAUGGAACAGUAGCCGCCUACAGGUUUCCAUACUUGAUGCUGGGCAACAGUUUGGUCUUAAAGCAGGAUUCACCGUAUUAUGAACACUUCUACACUCAUCUGAAACCAGGUGUGCACUACAUACCUGUGAGGAGGAACCUUUCAGAUCUCAUUGAAAAGAUCAGUUGGGCCAAGAACAAUGAUGCAGAGGCGGAGCUCAUAGCUAAGACCAGCCAAUCACUGGUGAGAGAUCUGCUGCAGCCUCACAGACUCUACUGUUACUACUACUCAGUGUUUCAGAUCUAUGCGAGUCGACAGACCUCUCAGCCUUCAGUUCAUCCUGACAUGGAUGCGGUGCCUCAGCCGUCUGAUCAUACAACGCUGUGUAACUGUGAGGGGAGAUCAAUGGAGCAGAGGGAUGAGCUCUGACGCAAUCCACCACACUUCCACUUAAAACAAGCAAUGUUUACAAAGACUUUCAAGAGAUGGCGUUGACUGCAGGUGUUUGUGUUUGUGGGUUUUUGUAUUUACUCGUGCAUUAUUCUCACUACUUGUGUUUUUAUUUUGUAUGUGGUUUACUUGGGAAUAUUUCUGUGCUUUCACGUUUAUGCCUUACGGAUAACACUAUUACACAGAUUUGAACUAUAUAGGACUAAAUAAGAUGUAAUUUAUUAUUCUUGGCUCAUCUACAUGGCGAUCAAAUGAUUGAUCAUUUCACGUGACCUGACACCUGUGAAUGCCAUAGGAUUGUUUUUAAUUCAUUAUUCUCUUUUUUUUAUAAAGGUAGUGUAAACAGAGUAUUUUAUAUGGGCCGUAUUGAAGAUGUAUUGAGUGUAAUUGUAAGUAUUGUAGUUAAAGCAGUACUGAAAUUCACACUUGAUUUUACUGAAUGUAUUGCAAUUGAAAUAUUUGCACACUGUCAGAUUUUGUACACAUAAUAUCAAACAUAGGGGUGUUUGAGAUAACAUGUACUGAAGCACAAUCUAAGAUGUGCCUGUGAUGGCAAAAUUUGAAAACAUGUAGUGUGCCUUAAGCUAAAACUGUUUUGUUGGUUUGUAUUUGUGCCAAACGGUUGGUCGUGCAGUAGUCAAGUUUUUUCCCAGUUCAAUGAUUUACAGAAAAGAUUAAAACUUGUUUCUUAACUUACCUCUUUAAUAUUUAUUGUACAGAUACAUUUACAUUUGGAUUUGGAUUUUGGAUUUGGAUUCAAUUUAUUGUCAUUGCACAUGUACAAGUACAAGGCAACGAAAUGUGACCUCUGCAUUUAACCCAUCCAGAGAGUAGUGAACACACGUACACCCGGAGCAGUGGGCAGCUAUCACUACAGCGCCCGGGGAGCAAGUAGGGGUAAGGUGCCUUGCUCAAGGGCACCUCAGUUGUUACCCGCCGGCCCUGGGAAUCGAACCAUUAGGCCACAACUGCCCCUUUGGCAAUAAUAUGCACUCUUUAGAUGCAAAGUUGUACUUUUUAGAAGGUUAUGGCCCAGUAACAACUCUUGUACUUUUUUCUGACAGUGUAAUAGGGCUGUCACGACAUAAAAUGACUGUGGGCAAAAUAAUGCACGAUAAUGAUAUUAUCACAAUAUCUGUUUUUAGGAAUUAAUAGUUAGUGUUUAAUUUAGUUUAUUUUUUCUCUUUUUUUGGUCAACAAAUCGCUCUUAAAAUACAAGUGUUGGGGGGCAGAAAGAGAGAGAGUUUGUAACUUUUUUCUUUGCUUUGAAGGCAAACUUGGUGCCGAAUUGUGUAUAAUGAUAUAACAAUAAUCCAGUUUUUCUGUAGCACCCCCACUAAUGAUGCUCAAAUUAAAAAAGAAAAGACUCGAAUAGAAGUUAUUUAGGAUCAGAACAUAACAUCAUUACAUACGAAAAACCUGUGAUUGAUUUUAACAGGGCCCGGGACAUUCCCAUUGCCCCUCCUUGAUGAGUGCAGACCAAACCAAUACAGUUUUCUUAAUAUUGUAUGUAUUAAAUACUUUGUCUAUUUAAAACUUUUAAUUCUUGAGUUAUUCCGUUUCAUUUUUUUAAUGCAGUAAAAUUUUGCAUAGUGUGUUGGUGCAUGCACUGUGUGUAUGGAAGCUGUGUGGAAAAUUGUGUGGUUGUUUGCGGCUGAAAAAAUGACCUUUUUUGUAAAUUUGUAAAUUUUGGGUUAUUUUUUUAGUAGCGGGUUGAUUUCCUGGUCUGAUGUGGAAAAACAGCAGUAGAAUGCCAAGGGGACUCUCUCCCUGCCUGUAUUGAUUUUCAAUGAUCAGGUCUUUGGAUUUUGCCCCUGGUGAUGUUUUGAUGGUCACAGUACUACAAAGCAGCUCAAUGAUAAUUACAUAUCACAGGCAUGUGAGUUUCCCCUCAGUGUCUUCUAUACUAUACAGACACAAGCAAGUUGAUUAGCAAAGAUGUAAGUGUGCAUGUGGUCAUAAUGACUCAUUCUUCAGACGUCCAUUUAAUCUUAAAAUGUUAUGUUAAAGGUCUUUUGUGUUACAGCCUUGAGUUGGAUCCUUGGGAAUGGGAGCAAAUAAUAUAAGACCGUCAUUAAAAUCU